AUGUCUUCCAAUCCCAACCCUGGCAAGAAUGCCUUGCUUGAAGCCUUGAAUAAAUAUUCAAACAUGUCGCCAAGAAUUCCACAGAGACAGCAGGAUCAAAUCAGUAGUAGUAGUAGUAGUAAUAUGAAUCCGAUCACAACGUCAUCAUCAGCAAGUUCACAGUCAUUUCCUACACAGCAUCCAACUUCAGUGUUACAACCACCACUUCUCAAAUUAAAUAUUUCCAAUUCCAAUGCUAUGGUUCAUAUUCACAAGGAUUUAUUAAUUCGCUUACAUAAUUUUUUCAUUAAUCAAAGCCAACAACCCGAGCAAGUCUACGUCUUACUCUUUGGAUAUCGGACGCAUACGUAUCAAAACAAGAAUAUUCAUAUUGAAUCUUUUAAAAUUAUUUACAGCUCGGAUAUAUUCAUUGAUUACAUCAAAAGACAUCAUGAUGAAAAUAAUUUAGAAUUGUUAGGCUUUUCUUCUCAUUCCUGUGAUGAAUAUAUUAAUAUUGCCAAAUUGAAAGGUUUAUUUCAAUUUUUCCAUCAAUCAGUAUUGAAACAUUAUUGGUUGAUCCACCAACAAGCCUAUUUAAAUAAUUCAACAAGUACUCAUUCCAAUCAAUCGUUAAAUUUUAAAUCUAUUUUAGAACGAUAUAUUGGUCUACAUAUCAAAUAUUGCAUUCAAGAUCAAAUCUAUGGAGGUGAAGAUGAAGUAUUUGUACAAUUAUUGUCCUAUAACACCAAAGUUUAUUCUCCAUACAUUCAGAACUCUUAUACUCAAACGUUAUAUGAACAUAUUUUGUGUUCAACAAAUGCACCCAUUGAAUUUCAAUUCUCAUACCGACAAGAUAUUAACUUGUUGGUGAAUACUGGUCAAUUAUCUCAAUUUUCCAAUGAUGUUAUUGUCAUGCAUGGUAUGCUUGCUAAUAAUCAUCAAACCUACCAUCCAUCUCAUCAUCACAAUGAACCACACACUCUUGGUGGCUCAAAUGUAUUACAGUCAUCAUCACGUAUGAUGGAAGGUCAUCCUUCUACAAGUGCUACUGAUGCAUCAUCAUUGACAACUACUAGCCUCUCUUCAACGAGUUGGCAACAGUCAAAUAUUACUGAAUGUAUGAAUCAAGUAUUUCUCAAUAACAAUACCAUUCCUUACCUCGAGAAGUGGAUAUCAGAUCAGUUAGAUGAUGGGCAUCAUGGAAGCGAAAUUAUGAAACUAUUGAGAGAAUACGAUCAAUUAGAGAAAGAAAAUGCAUUGUUGAGAGAAGAACUUGAUUUGAUCAACUCUGAAGAUUAA